AUGUUCAACACAUCGUUGCGCCGCGUGGCGCGGACGUGUUCCCACGCACCGCCGGUUUCCUCACGACCAACAACACCGUCAGUAGCGUCUUUCACCUCGCAUGCCCAUCAGCGACGGCAUUCAUCCUCCAAGCCGCCUGUGCCACCCAACAAUGGAUCGUCGGCAAUCCCAGCAGCGUCAGUGAAGCAAGUGGGAGCUCCCAGAUCUGACACGAAGAGGCCGGCUGUAGAGCGCUCGGCCAAGAAGAGAUCCAAGGAUAAGGUGGAAGCAAAGCAAGAGUCUCCUGCAGACUGGACCUCGAAACUCCCGUCUGUCCCAAGCUUGCAGCAUUUGAACCCUAAAGAUGUCUAUGUUGCCUCUUUCUUCUCCACCCACCGACCCAUGUCCAUCACAGGACCAGUACCGCCCGAGACCUCGAUCGAAGCCAUCGACAAGAUCUUCCAACCAAAGCCGAAGUCCAGAGGCCGCACCCAUCCUCACGAAGUCAUCUACACCCUUGCAUCGGCGGUCGAUCACCUGGACGAGCAGAUAGCGAGCAAGCACGGCGAACAGCAGGCGGAGCAAAAGGCCGCAAUUAUCAAAGCUCUCAUGCAACGUAAUGAUAACAAUCCCACGGACCUGAACAGAACAUUACAUCUCGACGGAGCUCCGAACGGAGGAAACGUGAGACUAGUAUUACAAGAAAUUGCACGACGGUUCCGACCAUUCAACGCUCCUCCUCCCCCGUCGCCGAUCAGUGAUGCCGAGAUUGACGCCGCUGAGGCCCAGGCAGAGGCUGCUGCCGCCACCGCGGAAGCCAACGAGGAAAUGCAGGCGCGGACCUUGGAACUCGAAAUCCAACAGCAAGACUACGACCCAUACAUUCAGCAGGUCGUUCUCAAUGUGCCGCAGGUGAAAGACGGCAGAUUUUUCACUAGCAAUGAAGCCGCGGCCAUGAUCGAGAUUGAAGAUGCACGCGGCCUGCAAGAGGAGAUGCAGGAUCCAUCUUCUUUUGGAGGCCGUCUAGGUGGCCGAAGGCGUAUCAUCAGGAGAAGCCCUGGCAUGUACGCCAUCAGCGUUAAGAGACAGAGACGGCUGAAGAUGAAGAAGCACAAGUACAAGAAGCUGAUGCGCAAGACGAGGAACUUGAGGAGGAAGCUGGGUCAGAUCUAG